GAUUAUUUGGUGGUUAAAAUGUCUCCUCAAACGGUCAUUUAAUCGGGCCUCCCUGUGAACUGUCAGACGGUUUGCAGCCCGACACUUCUGCAAGGAUCCUCCUGUGACAACUCGGGGGAGGGAGGGAAACUAGCCAAAUUCUUCAGUGGUUUGAAUAAUUGAUAAACUCCAAUAUAAAUCUGUUUUCUGACAAAAGUCUGUGCGCCUCGAAUAAUGUUCCAGGUUCCCUAGAGGGAAGAUCACCACCACGACAAUAAGAAAUAAAUGCUGUGGAGGAGCAGGAGCUUAAAAAUGAUGAGCCUCUGGAUGAUGUGGUGUCAAAAGGGCACCCUGCUUAUUGCUUCAAUCCAUGACGCAUGAAUGUGGGAGUCUGUGUCGCUGGUAGUAUUAACUCGUUGCCAUGACAACAGGUGACUGCUGUCAUCUCCCUGGAUCUCUCUGUGAUUGUACCGCCACCUCUGCCUUUUCCAAGACGGUAGCACCAGCUGACGCUGGUCGGCCUCAGUACAUCACGCAAGUGACAGCAAAAAAUGGCCGUCUCCUGUCAAGUGUCGUGAAGGCCCUCGGUACACAAAGUGAUGGACCAAUUUGCCGGAUAUGUCAUGAGGGCAACAACCUGGAAUGUUUACUGUCACCUUGUGGGUGCACGGGAACACUCGGGGCCGUUCACAAAACCUGCCUGGAACGAUGGCUCUCAUCUUCUAAUACCAGCUACUGUGAACUGUGCCAGACUGAGUUUCUGAUUGAGCGUAAGCCUAGACCUUUGAGGGAGUGGCUGAGAGAUCCAGGUCCAAGGAAUGAGAAGAGGACAUUAUUUUGUGACAUGAUUUGCUUUCUGUUCAUCACUCCGUUGGCAGCAAUCUCUGGCUGGCUCUGCUUGCGAGGGGCACAGGAUCAUCUACAAUUCAACAGCCGCCUAGAAGCAGUUGGCCUUAUUGCACUCACUGUGGCACUUUUUACCAUCUAUGUCCUGUGGACACUGAUGCCUUUGCUGUCUAUCACUCUACCAAUUUUUGUGUCAUCAGCAGAGUUAGUUUCAUUCCGCUAUCAUUGCCAGCUUUACUCAGAAUGGCGAAGGACAAACCAAAAAGUCCAACUGGUGACUGCAGACCAUAGGAAUAUCACUCAACACUCUCUCCUCUCUUCAAAGCUUGUGAGGAAAGAUUCCAGUGAAACAAUUGUGUGAAUUCACCGACACAACGAACCAUAAUGAAAUGAAAAUUCAUUAAAUCCACACGUCCUUGAAAUGCGCUUAACUCCGGCAAGGAAUGACAGAACAACGUUCAAUUUAGACAAAUACAUGCAAGAGGCUAAUUUAAUUUGCGACACUCUCAGGAGCCAGUAUAUAUGCACCUAGCAUCUAAAUGCAAUCCCAAUGAAGAGUAGGGUUCAGAGACUUUAUCUCUACUCAAUUGGACAGUAACUAUUAUCCCAUUGUAAGGUUAAAAUUUAUGGAAUGGAACAGUUGAAGUUUGAAAUGCGACAAUCAAUUGUGGUAACAUGUAUAAAAAUGACUUGUGUUAAAAUGUGUUGAUCUGCAUUUGUUAUGAACUGGAGGCAACAAAAAGAUGUGCCCUCAUCAAUGCACAGUAACCAGAUAUUGGGUCGAUCAGCACUAACCUGCAUGGGUCUGGAGAUCUAUUUCUUGUAAAAAUUGUUUAUGAAUAAAACGACAAAGCAGUGAUCCAAGCCCUGGAGGAAAUUGUCCUGCUGAGUUACUCCAGUACUGUGAUCAAGCCCUGGAAGAAAUUGGGAAAGUUAAAUGCAGAUGCAAAGGUGAAUUAUAUGUAUUUGAGAUUUCCAUGUCUGAAGAAAAUGCAAAGUGAAGUGUUCUUUUACGUAUACAGGAUCUAAUGCUCAUCUUGUACAUCAGUGAGUUGUGUAGAACUGAUGUCACAGAUUUGGUGCAUAUUAACACUAAAAUGGCAUUGGAUUUUGGGAAGCUUUUUCUUGCUUUGGCAAAUGACACUAUUGAAUACCAAAAAAAUCUGCAUGUUUUUAAAAUCACAUUUUGUGAUGCAUUUAGUAACAACGCAGUCAGCUUCCUACGCUCUUGGGCACAGUGCAUCAGCAGAAAAGCUCACUUGAUGGUAUAACUUUUGAGGUCAACUUUGCAAUAUUCAAGCAGAAUAAUGUUUUCCAUAUGUGAGUAGAGGAAGUAAAGCAGUUCAUAGUGGAGAUUUGGACCUACGGUACUCAUGAAUGGCCUCAAGGGAGGAAGGUGUGCAGGACAGUUGUUCAAGACACACUUUUUGUAUAAUAGAACAUUUGAACAUUGGGUUACAAAUUAAUUUUAUUUGGCUUGGGUUUUGGUACAGAAUGAGUUAGGAAACAAAUAGAUUUCACCCGCUGAUUUCCCUUUCUGUUUCAUGGAUGAACUACAGGGCUUUUUAGUGCUCUGUAUAUUGAAACCGGGCCAUAAUCGUGUUUUCUGCAUCUCCCUUAUGCUCUUCCACAAUGGUGAAUCAGAUGGCGAAAGAACACUAUAUAGUUUAUGAAUGAUUAUUAGAGGCUUGUCUAUAAAAAGUUAACAAACAUACCACUUAUUAUUUUAAUGUGGGUUUUUCAUAGAAUAUUUGAUGCACAUUUUGAAUAUUUUAAUGCAAUUCCAAAAUUAUCUAAAGUUUAAAUAUUUGGAGAGACUGAAAAAUAUUAAUUUAGUUAUGUCAUUUAUUCUCUCUUUGAUCUCGGAACUGAAAUUGAUGGCAGCGUACUAGUAAACCCUAUUAGUUUAUGCACAGCAACAUAAUAGAGGCGACCCUUAAAUACAGUGGGGUGGGAUAAGGUUAUUAACAUUCCUAGCAAGGGGCUGUAUCACAAUAUUCCGUUACCUGAAUCCGUGCUAUCUGCGCAUGCACCAAAAAUAAAUCCCAAUUUUUUGGGAAGCGAGUUGUAAACUCUGCAAGGUCUAAUUUCCACAACGUGAAUGAGCGAAACACGAGAGUCACCUGUAUUCUGUGUAUCCCAUUUCAUGUUUGUUCCUGUGUUUGUGAAUUAUCUGUAUUUAGAGCAACAUGUAGAAAAGUAAACUGUCUUCGGCCCAGCAUGUAAGCAUCCGGCAUAAAACACAUUCUAUAUGAACUGGUGAAUCCUCAUUACAGACCCCACAUCCCACCUUCUGGUUAUCUCAGCCAACUUGCUGAUCACCCUCCCUAAAUAAUAUAUAUAAGUAUAUGCAUUUAAGAACCUAUCAGCUUAAAGCACUUGCACAAGAGAAAGUGUUAAAUAAGAGAAAGUAUUAAAUAAGUGGAAAAACUAUCAGUGCUGUUGAAAAUGCACUUUCAGGUUUUUAGCAUUAUGGUCUUACUACGUUUCUAACAUGUAAUCUUGCAACCUAUCUAAAACACAAGCCUGCUUUUAUUUUAAUGCAAUUUGGCAAAUUAUGUAUUGUUCCUAUGGUCGUCAUUGUUUUGAGAGUUUAUGUUAGAAUGUAACGUGGGCCUACAAAAAAAAAAGAUUUUUGAUUUUGAACUUCUGUUUGUGCGCCUAUUUAUAGCUUCAGAAAAUGUGGCUAAUUAAAUUUAAUUGGCCCGAUAACUAAGAUUUUUUAAAGUAGGUCCUCUCAUAUUAUAUUGCUAUCCUAAACCACUUCACAGCCACAACCAUUGGAUUAUUUUUUUGUGGCGGAGAUUUACUACUCUUAUUAUCAAAGUGAAUGGCAAUUUUGCUCAACGGGAUGUAUAAACAGAAACCUGGGAAAAAAAAGACAAGCAUUUAGGCGAAAUAGAAAAGAAAGUAUUGGAUAAAAGAUUGUGAAUGCUACCUGUUUCUUUAAAUUUUUAUGUCUACUAGAACCGAUAGUUAAAGUCUUGAUUUACUUUAUCAUCUAAGCAAAAACACCACUAACUGUAUAGCAUUCAGUCAGUAUUGCAUUUGAAGUGGCAGACUAGAAUGUAGAUUCAAGUCAAGGGUUAGGGAGGGGGGUGGGUUGGGGAAUACUUCACCCUUUAAACUUGACUCUUGAGUUGAGAUAUAACACCUGUCUUAAAUAUUUCCGUAAGAAUUUUGCAAUCUUCUGCUUUUUCGAACUAAUCCUUUUAAUCUGAACUAAUAUAGCAUAUAUGAAUAAAAUCAAGCUAUCAACUUUGAAAAAGAACUAAUCCAUUAUUUUGUUUUGUGAACGAAUUUGAAGUAUGAGUAGAAACCUGCCCUGUUGAAUGAAAUAUCAACCGUGAAAGAUGCAGUGGUGUGCAGCAGCCUUUUCUCCGCUCAUGUACAGAAUCCUAGCAUUGUAAUCUGUUAAUGGGUUUAUUUUGUACAUUUCAGGCUUGAAAAGCUGUUGUUUAUUUUGCCUGCUGGCUCAAUGAAUUUUGCUGACUGGUGUAACGUGACUAUCUUGUUGUAGGUACUCUAUUUAUAAGCAUCUGACUGAGUUUAGACUUUGUUUUAAACUGUAGAAUUAACUUGAGUUUAUUUUUAUUUUCACAUAUUGCAUUACUUAGUGAUACACUUGCGACCAUGUGCUUUAAUUUGCUUACUUUAAUUCCCUUUUCUCAGUAAUUGCUAUGAAUUGAUCAAACCUGGUUUACUUCAUAAUUUUUAUAAAAUUGCAUCCAUAUGUACUACAGAGGGAAAACUUUUUUUUAAAUUUAAUGCAGAAAAUUGCAAAAUAUGACCAUGUAGGUCCCCAUUGAAUCUUCUAAUUGUUAACCCUAGAAGUGGAAAGGAAUUUUGUUUCAGAUGCAGUUUAUCUACAUUUGAUCUGCACUUUUUAAAAAUAGCUAAUCCCUGUCCAAAGCCAGUUUGCAAAAUAUAUAUUUGCAUGAAUCAGUGUUCUCGUUCCCUUUCUUAUUCAUAGAAUUAACAAAUGAAUUAAGUUUGAUUUUUGUAUUGUGUUUGGAGGUGUAGUGAGUUCGAUGGUCUGACUUAAUAUAACUGGUUGAAAGUGAAGUUGGCAGAAAUGUAAGAACUGUGUAACAGUGUGGGGAAAUUAAGGUGAAAAUGAUGAAUAAUUUUGUGCCCUGAUACUAUGAAAGUAGCAACAAUGUUUUUAGAAAGGUGGCUAGUGAUCGUACACCAAGAAGGAAGUGGUCUCAAUUAAGGCUCCUGAUCAGUGUGUCCUGACUGCUGUUGAUGAGUGCACAUUUAUUGAUAUCUCAUGUGAAAAAAGAGAUGGGUUUUUUUACAGUGCAACCUUACAACAAGAUAAUCUCAUAUUCACUUUAUGAAAGAUAGAUGUGCGACAUAGCAUCAGAGGUUGACCACCAAGCUUGGAGCCCUUACCCCAGCCAGGUUUAGCCGCAGGAGAGUUGGGGAGAGUUUAGUUUUCCAUUGUUUAAAUACUAACCUUUGAAGAAACUGAUCUAUUCUGAUCAAUUAUCAAGAAUUUCAAAAAUGUAAUAACUAAUGACCAAAGUGGCUUUGUGGCAAAAAUCACGUUCAAAAUUGUAGCAAUCUGGUUGAGAUGUGGUCAUAGGUUUUGCACAAAGUUUCGGUUGAUAAAUUUGAGAAAAACAACAGAAGACUGACAGUUGUUAAAAACUAAAGUAGUUUCUUUGUGAGAAUGGAACAUAACUUUUUCUAAUUUUACAGAAAUAAAUAACCUUUUUACUUUUAAGAUCCUCCUUAUCUAAUAUCUUUUUGAUUAUUUAUUCAAAGAUUUAAAGCAUAAUUGAUGCACAGAUGUUUAUGCCACUAUUUUUAAAACUCUACUUUUAUCCCCUGGUCAUUAUACUGUUAAAUGGGUAAUAUUAAUGCACACCGUUGUUCCAUUCGCUCUUUCUAGAUUACUUCCACUUAUUGAUUGGUUGUCAAUCCAAAAUCCAAAAAACAGUUUCCGCUCUUGAUCUUGGUAUGAUUCUUUAUUUUGAUAUGUCAAUUUGCCUCUCUAAUCUGUGCUAAUAUUCACUCAUUGGAGGAAGGUCUGGAUUUAAUUUUAUGAAUGUUAUAUAAUGUACUGUAAAGUGAUACCGUUUUGUGAACUUGGCUAUUUGAAUAUUUCUUAAAACUCGACAUUUCCAAGGACUAGAAUAGGAUAUGUAACAUGUUUACAACAGUUAUAUAUACCUUUGUUAAAAUAUUCUAUGUUGUCGAGAGCAAGAUUACAAACACAGAUUAAUGGAGCCAUGUGCUAUUUUGGCAACUUUGGAUUCUAAAUUAAUUCUAUUAUGUGCACCUAAUUGAUUUAUCUGUGUAUGUUUUUAAUUUCUUAGUAUCCCAAAAAAUAGGAUUUAUUUCUAAAAGGACUCGGCAUCUGGCUGAACCAAGACCUUUAGGUCCCACCACUUGCUGGAUCACUUGUGCGAUAUUAAGAACUGCCAAUACCUGAAAUAAAAACCGAAAUGCCUAGGAACAAUCAGCAGUACUGGCAAAGGGUUAUCGACCUAAAACAUUUUUCAUUCCACAGAUGCUGCCUGACUGUUUCUAGCAUUGCUGUUUUUGUUAUCGGCUUCUAGCGGCGCUGCAUUUUAAGUCUCAAUGUCUAAAUUGAAAAAGAGCAGUUACUGAGUUUCUUGCUUCUUAACACUGUCCCUGCUGCUGUUGCACAAGUAUAAACAUUGGCUGGCUCAGUUAUGUAAUGAUCAAACAAUCGACUAAAAGCCACUGUAGGGCUCUUGUGUCUAAUAAAUAAUGGCUAAUUUAAUAAAAUGGAAGAACAUUAUACAAACAGCAAGUUAAAUCACAGAGAAAUAAUUGAUGAGGUGAAAUUUUUAAUAAGAUCUUUUACCUUUAAAGCACCUUUGAAUUUGCACAAAGAGAAGAAAUCAUUAGUUAGAAUCUCUCAUUGGGGAGUUGUUUGUAUUUUAGCCCAAUUGCCAUGAUGCACUGAAUUUUAACUCCCAAUACAAAGUUUUGGUCAUUAAUCCUUGAAAGAAAUCCCGCUUAUAUCAAUCUAUGAUGUAUCAAACUAGUUCCCUCUUCUAUAAUGUAUGUAUCAUUUUGAUGUAUCAAAAUAGUACCUGUCAUAUUUUAGGAAACUGAAGGCAUUUUUUAAUUCAGUACUUAAGUGGGCUUUUGUUAGUUCCGUUGUAUGAGGAACAAGACUGGCAAUUGGAGGGUGCCUAAAAAUCCUCCCUAAACCUGAAGUGUUUUAUGAUGACACUCUAAAAUGACUUGAACAGCUCUUGUGUGUACUGAUUUAGUGGUGGAUAACAUUUUGUCAUUGUGGAGUAAAUUCCAGUUAAGAAUUGAAACUGUUCAGUAAUUGUUUCUUCCUCUUUGGACCAUCUCUUGAAAAAGUUGGGGGGAAAAACGUACUAUAACAACACACUAACUUAUGCAAUAGUGGUUCAUCCAUUUAUUUCAAGAUGUUUGAUUUUGAGCUAUGUUUUUGAAAAUACUGUACCAAGCUCUUUACUGAAAGGAUGUUUUGCAUGGAAAUGGAUUGAGGUUUUCAACACCUCAUCGAGUGUAAAGUUCCUGUGUUUUUUUUUGUCCAAAUGGUAGUUAAUUGCUCUAUACAUUGCUAAUGUCAUUAUUCUUUGAAUGUAUAAUGUUUUAACUAUCUUGUUUGCAGUUGCUUUAUAUUGUAAAUAUAUAUCCAGUCAUUGUAUUCUCUUAUCUCAAUUAUUAUAUACCUUUGGCUGAUUUGUCUUCAUUCCAUUUUAUAAAUAAGAUACUUGUACUCGCAAUUCAAUUUAGAACAUUGAAUAAACCUUAUCCAGACACCA